UAGUGAACAUGAGCUACUACCACCAAAGUUACCAAAAGUGAUUUUAAAAAGGUCAAUUCCGGUAGAUGAUGGUGCUGAGUCUUCAACAGUUUUGCCUUAUCAUAUGAAGCUUAGGAGGGAAAGCAAACGAAAAAAAAGCAAACAUAUACUCUCACCCUAUGAUGUUGAACUUGGCAAGGAAGCUACAAUGAAAAAUAAACAAGUUGUUGUGUUUCCUGAACAACAUUCGAUAAAGGUAUACUUAUGUUUUCUUAUAGAAACUCAUUUUUAGGAGAAUAUUCAAUUACAUACUUUAUGAAAAUGUUAUUAAUUAUUGGUUAAAAACAAAUUUCUGAGUUGUUGAGUAUGCCAACUCCCAUGAAAGGAUUUGAUUUGCCACCGCUUUCAGUUGAGGAUAAAUUGAUAAGAGACUAUUUGUUUCAUCGUAGUAAAUUGGAAAGUGAAAUUCUUAUUAACUUUGAUAUUCAACAUGGAACGCGCAAAAACAUAUGGACAUUAGAUCGUGGUUGUUGGCUUGAUGGACAACAACAUAUUUUGCAACACAAGGUUCAUAAGCCAAACAUGCUCAAGUCCUAUUUUGGAACAAAACGGUACACGGGAAAAAUUGAAUCAUGUGAAAGGGUGUACAUUCCAAUUAAUGAUGCGGGUGAACAUUGGUAUAUGUGUGUGGUAUACAUGCGACAACAAGUGGUAUAUAUCCUUGAUCCGUAUAUAUCAAGAAGAAGUAGAACUCGGCCAACUCAAGUAAAAAAAGUGGUUGAAGUGUUACAUGACUUAUUGGGAAUUCAGUACAAGAAUGCAUAUACAAAUAAAAUUACCAAGUUUCCAAUUAGAACACUUGAAUAG